AUGUCUGGUGACUACCCAAAACACCCUUUCCUGCUGACGGUUGAGGAGACCGCUCAGGCGCUCGAAGUUGACCCCGACAAGGGAUUGUCUUCGCAGCAAGUACAGCAGGCUUCGGACAACUACCCUCCCAAUGAGUUCGAAGUCGGCGAAUCGGUGCCAUGGUACACCAUUCUCAGCAAGCAGCUGUUCAAUGCCAUGGUCCUCGUACUCUUCUUCGCCAUGAUUCUCAGUUUCGCAAUUAAUGACUACAUUGAGGGAGGCGUCCUUGCCUUCGUCAUUGUCGCCAACGUCACCAUUGGUUUCUGGCAGGAAUAUCGUGCCGAGAAGCAAAUGGACGCUCUCCGCACUCUUUCUGCCCCCUCUGCCAAUGUUUUGCGCGACGGAAAGACCAAGGUCAUCCCCAACGCCGAAGUUGUUCCCGGUGAUAUCAUCCUGCUCAAGAUGGGCGAUACCGUACCCGCCGACAUGCGCAUGUUCGAGGCUAUGAACCUGUCCUGCGAUGAGCAGUCUCUGACCGGUGAAGCUCAACCCGUCGAUAAGACAACCGAAGCCAACAUCAUGGUCCCCGGCACCGAGAAGAAAGCCACCGAAGAGGGCGAGGUCGGCAUCGGUGAUCGUCUCAAUAUCGCCUACGCCACCACCAUUGUUCGCAAGGGACGUGGUCGCGGGAUUGUGGUUGCUACUGGCAUGCAGACCGAAGUCGGAAAAAUCGCCGCAUCCACCCAGAAGAAGACUCGCAAGCCCGGUCGCUCCAUGAACUACAAGAAGUACGGCAAGCGUCAGCCUGUUGUUGGUCUCUCCAGGCGGGUAUACGAUGCUGUCGGCAAGUUCUUGGGUCUCACUGAGGGUACCCCUUUGCAGAAGAAGCUGGCCGCUCUGGCUUACCUGCUCUUUGGCUGUGCCAUUAUUCUGGCCAUUAUUGUCUUUGCCGCUCAUAAGUUCGAUGUCACUGGAGAAGUCAUCAUUUAUGCCGUUUCGCUCGGCAUUGCCAUCAUCCCCGAGUCUCUCGUCGCUGUUCUCACAAUCACCAUGGUUGUCGCCGUGACCGUCAUGCGAAAGUCCAACGUCGUCGUCCGAGACCUCUCCGCCCUUGAAGCCCUUGGUGGUGUCACCAAUAUCUGUUCCGACAAGACUGGAACCCUGACCCAGGGUGCCAUGAUUGUUCGCAAGGCCUGGCUUCCCUUCUCUCACACCUAUACUGUUCGAGACUCCCAAAGCCCCAAUGACCCGACCAAGGGCCGCGUCACUCACUCGGAGUCCAAGGAGGAGGAGAAGGUCAAAGAAGCCCCAAAGCGCGACUACGAUCAGGAACGAUCUGCUGCUAUUCUCAAGUUCGACGUUCCCGAGGAGAAGCUGCAAAACAAGCAGCCCAACAAAGCACCCGAGGCCGAGAAUGAGGCCGAGAUGACUCCACGCCUCAAGGCUUUCCUCCUGUCUUCCGCUCUCUGCAAUCUGGCCACCGUCCGAUACGAUGAGGAGGAAGCCAAGUGGCAAACCACUGGCGAACCCACGGAGAUCGCACUUCAAAUCUUCUCGCACCGGUUCAAGCUCGGAAAGAAAUCCCUCGAGGGUCUUGGCUGGAAGCAGCUUGCUGAAUUCCCAUUCGACAGCUCCAUAAAGCGCAUGUCUGUCAUCUACGAUAUUCCCGAGAGUGACGAGACUGCCGACAUUUGGGACCCCAAGAACAGCCUGGUCUUCACCAAGGGCGCCGUCGAGCGUAUUCUGGAUCUUUGCACCCACAUCGGCAUCGGCGACGACAGACGGGAGCUCACUGAGGCCUUGAAGGAAGAUGUCCUUAACCAGAUGAACGAGUUGGCAUCUCAAGGCCAGCGAGUGCUUGCUAUCGGCUGCCGCGACUGGAACGGAAAGUUCACGACCAAGCAGGCCGACGUCGCCCAAGAGAAGGAAGAUGCUCUGCGCACCGAAGUUGAGCAGGGUCUCACUCUAUUGGGUCUUGCCGGAAUCUACGAUCCUCCCCGCCGCGAGACUAAGCCAUCCAUUGCCGAAUGCUCCUCCGCCGGUAUCAAGGUCCAUAUGCUGACUGGUGACCACCCUGAAACGGCCAAGGCUAUCGCAAAGGAAGUCGGUAUCAUUCCCAAGAAUCUUGGUGUCCUACCCGACGAAGUGGCCAAAGCGGUUGUGCAGAAGGCCACUGAUUUCGACAAGAUGACUGACGAGGAGAUCGACGCCAUGCCCGAGCUGCCUCUGGUCAUUGCACGUUGUGCUCCCGACACCAAGACCCGCAUGAUCGAUGCCCUCCGUCGCCGCAACGCCUUUAUGGCGAUGACUGGUGAUGGUGUCAACGACGCCCCCUCACUGGCUCGUGCCGACGUCGGUAUUGCCAUGGGCUCCGGAUCUGACGUGGCCAAGUCUGCUUCCAAGAUUGUGCUCACAGAUGAUAAGUUCAACUCUAUCGUCUCCGCUAUUCGCCAGGGCCGCCGCAUGUUUGACAAUAUUCAAAAGUUUAUCCUCCAUCUUCUCAGCUCCAAUGUCGGCGAGGUUAUCCUUCUUUGCUGUGGUCUCGCUUUCCGCGAUGGUUUCGAUCUGUCCGUCUUCCCAAUUUCCCCUCUGGAGAUUCUUUGGAUCAACAUGGUUACCUCGUCCUUCCCAGCCUUUGGUCUGGGUCGUGAGCAGGCCGCCGCCGAUGUCAUGCGCAAGCCCCCUCAGAACAAAAAGCGCGGUGUCUUCACCAACCAGAUUAUCAUCGACAUGAUUGUGUACGGUAUCAUCAUGGGUGCCCUGACACUGGCCACAUUCAUCAUCGUCGUCUAUGGAGCCAACGGUGGGAACCUGGGUGUCGAGUGCAACAAGACGUUCACCGAGGCUUGCAGACCCGUAUUCCGUGCCCGUGCCGCCGUCUUUGCUGAGCUCACUUGGAUUAUUCUCAUCUCCGCUUGGGAGUUCAAGAACCUUCGCCGCUCCAUGUUCCGCCUCGACCCCGACAGCAAGAGCAAGUUCCCCUUCUUCAAGGAUAUUUACGGCAACAAGUUCCUGUUCUGGGCCGUCAUCAUUGGUGCCCUGUCUGUAUUCCCUGUCAUUUACAUCCCGACCCUCAACACCACCCUCUUCAAGCACAUUGGAAUCAGUUGGGAGUGGGGGAUCGUCAUCGGGUUCACUCUCCUGUACGUCGUCGGUGUUGAAGCGUGGAAGUUCAUCAAGCGCACCUUCAACCUCCUCGACGAUCACCAGGUUGUUCGCGGCGCCUUCAGUCAGGGUGGCGAAGACGAAGGCCGCGACUUCAAGAAGACAAUCACCUUCAGCUCCUUCAAGAGUUGGCACUCAUUCGGUCGCAAGGACACUGGCGAGUCCACUGGCCGCCGCAGCCGUUCCCAGUACCGGACCAACACCAACCUCUCGGGUGAUACCCACACUGGUGAGGCUUCCCCGAGCAACAGUAAUGACGAGAAGGUCUGA